AUGAGCGCUUGGACAGCAGAUGAUUUGCUGAAGGAAAUCAAUGACCUGGAAGACCUCUACUCACUCAGGCCCACUGGACCUACCAUCCCCCACCUGGUGACAGGAUUGCAAAGCAAAAUUGAUGGCAUAGACAGUUUGACACCCAGGCUUUUGGUUCAUUUGAUCAAGGCCUUGGAUGCUGCCAAAUUGCCAGAAGACAUGAAAAAGGCUUUGCAAGACACUAUGGAGAAGAGGAUGGUGCAGAUGAAUAGUGGCUCCUUGAAACUACAGAAUGUGCCUCAAACCUUGCAAAGUUUGUACAACUACUUUAGUGCCAAGGAAUGGGUGCAAUUGCAGAAGGCUCCUUUCACAGAAUCAGUGCACAUUGCUGUUCAAAGGCUCAGGGCUAUUGGUGUGAAAAGCGUGAGGGAAGCGACAAAAAAACAUGGGGUUGCACUCUUGGUGCACUUGGCUAUGAUGAGGGGAGAGCCCAAGCCACCUGGUGGUGAAAUUUACAAAAUGUCAGCUUACCUCCAUGAAGCCUUCACCAAGAGCAAGCAACCAAGCUUAGUUCCUGGCCUGGCUACCUACCCAGACAAACCUGCUGACAUUGGACCAGAGUUCAUGGAUGCUUGCUACUGGAAGGAUGACCAGCCAAGCCAUGUGGGGCCAAUGGUGGCUACUACUGUUAGUGCUUUGCUCAAGGACAUUCCUGUCAGGUCCACCCAUGCAGAGACCAGAGGUGCUGCAGCACCAGCCAUGAAAAGAAACAUGUCUUUCAGCUCCACAGAUUCCUUGGCUGGUGUUUGCAUGGAUUUCAUGCAAAUGAUGAUGGCCACAGCAAGAGGAAUGGACAGUGCUCCCUUGAAGAUUGACUACAAGAAGAGUUUUUCCACUUCUGGUGAACCUUCAGCAGCAGCCUCUGGCAGGCUGGCUUUGCCAAGUGGAUGCAGUCAGGGAGAGGGGACCACCCAGGCAAAUGGAACUUUGGCUACCAUUCCAAACCCAGCUUUGCCUUUGACUGACACACCACCUGAAGAAGAGGCACAUGUUGCUGAUACUGUGCCACCUGGGCAUGAAGAAACCAAGAAUGACCACAAUGAGAAAAAAGAACUUUCUUUGAAGGAUUAUGAAGACCAAGCUUUCAAGAAACUUCAAGAGAAACAAGGGCAAAAGACAAAGGAGCACAAAGACAAGAACAAGAAGCCAGUGUUGAAAAGGCCUGCAGCAGCCAAAGCUAAGGCAGUGGCCAAAACAGUUGCCAAGAAGAAAGGUGAGAAGUGUGCAGAGGUGAUCCUUUUGGUUGUGACGCAUGUGCCAAAGCUAGCUUUGGUGGAGAAAGGCUCAAUGGUCGGGCAGCUUGGAGGAAAUGGUGGACAAAACACCAUGGUGGCAAGUGAAAAGACAAAGCUGAAACUUCUAAGUAAGCUCAGUCUCCCUUUACCAGCUUGGGCAAAGUAG